AGCGCAAGAAUAAAAGACGAUUUUUCCCCAAUAUUCGAAGCUUACGAUUGAAAAUCACAAGCUUGAAUAAAGAAGCUCGACUCUAAAGCAUUUUGAUUUCGAAUCUGAUUUCUGUUUUCGAGAGAGAGAGUGAAAAUGGGCUCUAAAGGCAGCGUUAGACAGAUGAUUCAGAGUUUGAAAGAGAUCGUGAACUGUUCCGACUCAGAGAUCUACACCAUGCUUGUGGAGUGCCAUAUGGAUCCUAACGAAACCGUUAUUCGUCUCAUUUCUCAAGAUGCUUUUCAAGAGGUGAAGAGCAAGCGAGACAAGAAGAAAAAGAACGUUAGUUAUUGCAGAUUGUUUAUUAUAAUGCCGUUAUAGUUUUCAGAUGACUAGUUCCAUUUCGACUCAUUGCUUUCUUGUUUUGUCUCUUUGGUCAGAACAAAGAUCAAGCAGAGUCAUCGAGACGUGGAAUCCCAAAUCGUGGAGCUAGAAACAGCGCUAAGUACAGUUACAACACUGCUCGAGGUGGCGGCAACAAAUUUAACUCCGAUGAGACAAGAUUUGCUCAAAGAGGGAAGGGAGCACGUAACCAUUGGGCUGGCUCUUCUUCAGCACCAAACAGUGAUCCUAAAAACGCUGAAGUUAAGGAAGCAGCACCAACGGGUCCAACUGGUGCAGCUUCUUCCUCUUUGCUGCCAGCACCAGCGUAUCAAUCCGCUUGGGCCAAAGCUAACCCCGGGAAGAAAACUAUGGCUGAGAUUGUGAAAAUGGAUAAGCCUCUCUAUCAGAAGAAAGUCAGUGUGCCUCGUUCAUCAGAGACGCAAGAGAGGGGAAGCAAAGCUCCUUUGAAAGAUGAAGGGUCUUCAACUGAGAAGCAAGAGAGUGGAAGCAAAGCCCCUUUGAAAGAUGAAGGGUCUUCACUUGAGAAGCAAGAGAGUGGAAGCAAAGCUCCUUUGAAAGAUGAAGGGUCUUCAUUUGAGAUGCAAGAUGUUUCUGAUCCAGUGCCUUCUCUCUUGAAACCAUUUGCUGAACCUAAAACACAUGCCGACCAAGUUAGCGAGCCUCAACAUGUGGAUGAGUCUCAAAUGGAUGAUGAGGUCCUCGAGACGAAAACAAAUCAAGUUGCAUUUCAUCCUGAUCUAGACCAGGUUGCGCAAUUGUCACACUUGAGGUUUGGUAGCUUUGGCUUGAUAGGAUCAGGCCGAGCUAGUAGUCGCUUUAAUUAUAACUUGGAGGACACGCAAGAGACAGAGGAGGAUUUAUCUUUCAGACAACAUGACACUAACUUCUAUGGAGGGGAAGAAGAACUUAGAUAUAAUGCUACUGAUGAACAAACAUCCUAUCAAAUAGAUUCGACCACUAGAAACUACCAUGCUUCAUCAGAUUCUGAAAGAGAAGCAGCACAUCAUGAAGAACCUCCUCAAGAAGAUCCAUAUAUGCAGAAUCUUGACAGCUUCUUCACCAACGUAAUGGAUCUAAGAGAUGAGAGUAUAUCUCCCCAGGGUGCAGGUCAACAAGCAGCAACUCUUUAUCAACAUCCCGCCUUAUACCCAUACUUUAAUCAACAUGGAAUGCCAUUAGGGCAUCAUGGUAACUUCAUAAGUGAUCCAUUCAUGCCCCAUGGUUACAUGCAUCCGGGUUUUCAGCAAGGGUUUCCUGUUGGUAACCAUCAGGCUCCUCUAGUUGUGGUUAUUCCUCCCUCUGCCUCAUCUCUUCAGCAGCAGCAGAACGAAAACACAUUUGCCUGGCAACUACCACACAUGCGUGUGGCUCCCAGUGGCGAAGUUUACAUCUUCAGUGUUAAUCCAAAUAUGCAGCCUCCCGGCUUCGUUCAAGCCCAACAACUGCACCAGCAACAGCUGUCUCAACAAGCUUUAAUGUCACUGGGCCAACUCCAUCAUCAGCAUCAGCAUCAGCAUCAUCAACAAAGUGCUGGAGAGGCGUAGGCAGACUCAAGAACAGCUAUGGCCCAAUAACAGCUAGUGAUCAAAAGCAAAACCCCUCUCUCCAUGCCUUGCUUUCUCUUUCCUUUUUUAUAUUUGUGAUGUU